CAGAAUAGUGAUAAUGAAAAUAAGAAUUACGAUCUUAAUAAUGCGAUAGAAGAAAAUAUAUCAUCGGAAUUUGAUGAAGAUAUUGAAGAAAUUUUAUUAGAUCAAUCGUAUGAUGAUUUAUCUACAAUUUUAGCAAAAUUUGGAAAUUGGAUUAAAUUAAUGGCAAAAUCGGAUAAUAAAUUACAAAAACAGCAACUUAUCCAGUCAUUAUUGCCAGCAAUUAAGACAUUAAAAUCAGGUUUGCCAAAAGAUUUAAUUUAUAGUCCUUUUGAUAACCAAGUUCUACCAACUUUAUUAAUGACUCAAAUAGCAUUUAAAUUAGCAAAAAUAAAUUUAAGUGAUAAAGCAAAAGCAGAAUUUUUAGAAGAAAAGGAAUGCACACAAUUCGGAAAUCUUCUUGGAGAAUCCUUGUGGCAAUCUCGUAUAGUGCUUAAAAACAAUUUACUGACCUUAGAAAAUCCACAAUCUCUUAAACAAUAUGCUGCAGCAUUGCCCUGA